CUUCAAAUUAUUACACUAUCCGAAUUCGCCUAUGACGAUUCUUAUUAUCAUCGUAAUCCUAAUGUCGACCUUGUCAAAAUCGCUGAAACUGAACACCGCUAUCCUAUUACUAAAGUACUAUGGGAACCAUACAAGGGUGGGUUGAAAACGCCCGAUUUAUUAGCAACAGCCGGUGAUUAUUUAAGAUUGUGGGAAGUUGAAGAUGAUUUUAAUACCUCAAGCAAUACAAUUGGUGCAAAUAAUUUCACAGGAGUUAGGCAGCAACGAUUAACUCCCAAAAGUAUGCUGACUAAUACUAAAGCUGAUUUUAAUGCUCCAUUGACAUCUUUCGACUGGAAUGAAAUCGACCCAACAUUGGCAGUAACAUCAAGUAUCGAUACUACUUGUACUGUGUGGAAUGUAGAAACAAAACAAGCGAAAACACAAUUAAUUGCUCAUGAUAAAGAAGUUUAUGAUGUCGCAUUUGCUUCAGGCACUGUGGAUGUGUUUGCUAGUGUUGGUGCCGAUGGCGUAGCAUCCGUUGACGAUGUUGUUGG